AGCGUUUGUGUGAAUUACCUGAACGUGAUCGGCGUCGCUUGGAUGAAUUCCACUGCCAGCACCGGCGCUGUCGAAUCCGGGAAGAGCCGGGUCGAGAGCUGGACAAGCAGAUAAAGUACACAUCUGUUGAGGUCGGAGGUAUUCCUGCCAGCCAAUACAGUUCUUCACGCUGAAAUCAUCAUGACACUUGAAGCGGCGAAUGAAAUAUUUCGCACAAACAAUCACUUGUGCAGAUUUUCGAGUGAUGGAAGAUUUUUGGCAUUCGCGUUUCAGGGCAAUUUAGUGAUAAAAAAUACUGGAACCUUUGAUACAUUUCUCUCGUUUCCAUUCGUCGAUAUCAUAGAGUACAUCGAGUGGUCUCCUGAUAGCGAAUACAUUUUAUGCGCUACCUUCAAAAAAGCCAUUAUUCAAGUAUUUUCGAUCUGUUAUCCGGACUGGAGAUGCAAGCUAACGGAGGGUAGCUCUGGUUUAGAACAGGUCACCUGGACACCGGACAGUCGGCAUAUUAUCACUACUGGAGAUUUUAACAUACAAAUAUCUAUAUGGUCCUUGGAGAAUAGAUCUGUUACUUAUAUACAGAACAUCAAGUCGUCGUUUAGCAAAGUUCUACAUUUUAGUCCUGAUGGAAAGAGGUUGGCCCUCGUUUUAAAUAACGGGGAGAGUAAUGUUGCUCUAUACAAAACAAAUAAUUGGAAGAUAAGUAGGAAAUUGAUAUGCGAACGUUUGAAGAGCAUCGAUGGCAUAUCAUGGUCCCCAAAUAGCGAUUUACUUUGCAUUUGGUCCUCUGACGUUAUCGAUUCUAAAUUAUUAAUUUUUUCAACCGCUUCGGAGAGUCUUGUCGGUUCAUACGUACCUGACGAAGAAUUUAAAGAUUGUGAAUACACCAAAAAUGAAUUUGCCAGAAAGCUAAAGGGCAUUAACAGGGUGAAAUGGAUCACUGGUGGACAAUUAUUAGCUGUUGCAGGACACGGCGAAUUGGUUGUUCUGUUGAAUUAUUUGACCUGGAAGCCUUUGUUGUUGCUUUACCACGACCCAAUAAUACGGGAGAAUAACUAUCGUACUAAAGUGUACAAAGAAUGUGUUAUGCAAGUUAAGGAUUCCAACAAGCAACCUUCGCUGCACAAUCGGCACAUCAUGGAAGAGGUGAUUGCACGACCUAUAAGUCUCCCGGUAGUGAAAAGAGACUUAAUUAGCGGAAAUUCAGUGCCUGAAAUAGAUAUUCUUGAGUUCAGCGCUUGUGGCAGAUACUUGGCUACGAGACAUCAGGCGUAUCCCACGACAUUGUGGAUCUGGAACAUACUGUCGGACACCACUGACUAUCUCAUAUUGCAUAACGCGAUAACUAGUGUACUAUGGAAUCCCACAGGUACUAGUUUACUAGCAUUUACCGAGAGUUCGAACAUUUUCGAAUGGUCACCCGAUUCUGCCGCUUGUGUACCGACGCCUAAAGGAAUAUCAGUUGCCGACGCUCGAUGGCAUCCGCACGGCAAAAUCGCAGUUCUGUGCGGUUAUAACAAGGCUGCUAUCUAUCUCACGCAAUCUUGCGAUUAAUUUUAAUAAUUCAUUUCAUUCUGUUCGUUAUUUG